GACUUGUACGAUUACGUCGAGAUGUUCGGCCCUGUCAACGAGGAGCAUACAAAGUACAUCUUCAAGCAGGUCGUCGAGACGAUCCAACACCUACACCUGAUCGGAUACUGCCACAAUGACAUUAAAGACGAAAACAUAAUCAUCAACACCAAGACCCGGGCAAUCAAGCUCAUUGAUUUUGGCUCCGCAACACCAAUGGAGCCCGGCCAAACGUUCACGCUCUUUUACGGCACCAAGAAGUUUGCUGCUCCUGAAGCGAUCAGCGGAGAGUACUACUAUCCCGAGGCACAGGAAGUUUGGGCUCUCGGAACGCUGCUCUAUGUCCUGCUCUUCAAGAUGGACCCAUUCAAGACCGAUCAAGAAAUUGUGGAUCUGGACAUUGCCAGGCGGGUGCACAAGCUGCGAUACCCUCGCCACGGCGUCGGUCACGACAUUUCCGACGACGCCGUCGAGGCCAUCUUGGCGAUGCUCGAGAAGGACUAUCAGCAGCGGCUGUCGGCUUCGGAGAUCCUGAAGCUCUCAUUUUUUGAUUCGGUUCGCGACGACUGAGGAGAAAUUCGUGGCGACAUUUGAAUACUACGGGCGACGAUUUCCUUCCCACUCUUUGCUGGUCUCGUUGCGCUGGCACUCAUUCCCGCCUUGAUGCCCCCUCCCCGACCAUUCCCUGGUCGAGGGUCCGCCACAC